AUGAGGAUUAAAUAAAAAACUUAGAAAAUAAUUUAGUAAAAUUAGAAUCAUAAGUAAAAAAAAAUACUUUAAAAAUAAUAAUAACUAUAAAAAUAGAUUAACGAUUGCAAAAGUACAUUAAGUUUUUGGAAUACAGGAAAAUUAAAUAAUUAAGAGUUAAAAUGCUUGUUAAUAAUUUUCGAAAAAUUAAAAUUUGAAUUAAGAAGCAUAGUUUAAGAAUAUGAUGAAUACAAUAAUACAGUAUAAAAUAAAAAGGAAAAUGUUUAAUAAUUAAAAGAUAUAUUCCUAGACAUUGAAGAAACUCAAAUAUAGACAGCACAUGAUUAUUAAAAUGCAGAAGCCUUUUCAAUAAAUAGAGAAUAUUAUUAAAAUAGAACAAGAGAUGUUCAUUAUAGAAAUUAACCUGUAAAAUCUAUAAAAAAUUAUGCAAAUGGAAUAGUUAAAUAAAUUGGAUAUGAUAUUGAUUAAGAUUUUCCUGUUGAAGUUUUAAAAAUACCAAAGUAUAUCUAUAUAAAUUUAAUUUAAUUUAAAUGUAAAUUAAAUUCCUUAAAUGCAUAUAAAGAAUUAGUUUUUUCUAAAUUUUUCCCUAAUUAUAUUGGGUUUAAUAAUAUUGCUGAUUCUUUAUAUAAUUUAUAUUUCGUUGAAUUUACAAAAGGAAUUUCAUUAAAAAAAAUAAUAAAAUAAGGCAAAAACAGACUUAAUCCAGGAAUGAGUCUUUUUAGAUAUUGGAUGAGAGAAAUAUUUUUAGCUUUUAAGGAUAUCUUGCAUAAAACAACAUAUGUCCCUUAACUUCCUAUUAAACUAAAAAAAAUAUUUGUUUAUAAUAAACUUAAAGUAUAUAUGAAAAAUAUUGAUUUUCCUUAAUUAAGAAGAUAAGCUAUUCAUUCUCAUGAAAAAUUGGAAGCUACUUUAUUGAGAAAUUUCGGACUUAUUUUAAUUUAAAUUUUAGGAGUAUAAGAAAAUGAAAUUGAUAUAUUAAGUAAAUAUAUUGAAUUCAAAAAUUUUAUUGAAGCUAUCUUAUUAGCAGAAGAAGAUUUAGAAUAAUUUUUAAAAAAAGAGGUACUAUAAAGGUUAACAUUCGAGAACUUAUUAAGACAUCAUUUAUUGGAUGAAUAGUAUUUAUUAGAGGUAGAUGAAUUAUCAUUAGUAGAAGAUUAUGAACAUAUUUUUAAUGAAGAUAAUGAAAAUUGA